AUGGCUUCGAAGAAGAAAAAUCUCCUUCAAUCCAUACUCGAAGCAAAUACAAGCUGUGGCUGCGGCAGGCCAAAACUCUCGGAUGUACAUGAGCCAACACCAAAACCUAAACCUAAACCCAAAACCUCCGAUAUUUCCCAAAAAGAUCCAAACCCUAGUUCUUCCUUAUCAAGCUCAUGUGAUCAAAGUGUAGGCUUCUCAUUAAUCCACAAUGAAGAAGAAGAAGACGGCACUUCCACUACUGUCACUUUGAACAAAGACACCACAUCGUCAACACAAAACUCGGAAUCCGAAACCGAUCCGAAAGCAUCCAAAAUCUUUGAUAGCAUUGCUGUGGUGAAGGAUUCUAAUGACCCAUUUCAAGAUUUCAAGAAUUCCAUGUUGCAAAUGAUCUUGGAGAAAAAUAUCUACUCUAAAGAUGAUCUUGAAGAACUUCUCAACUGCUUCUUGGAGCUGAAUUCUCCUUGCCACCACAGCGUCAUCGUUAAAGCUUUCAGCGAGAUCUGGAAUGAGAUCAUCUCUAAGAGGAUCAUCAAGAAACCCUGCACUAGGUUUUUGCUUUGGGGUUUGCAUUUCUCUCACUUUCAUGCUUCUUGUUCUGAGCUAUUGUCGGAUUGUCCAGUUCAGUAA